AUGUCAUCACUGGUUGCAAGGGAUGCUUCAUCUUCAACACUGGACGUUCCGAAAUUUGUCUUUAACACCUUAGUAUGGGGUUGGUUCAUUUACCGAACUGGAGAAUUUUUGUUUUAUUUCUUGUUACGUAAAUUUAAAAUUCCUCACGUUCCUAAAUUUCAAUAUAACCACAAUUUAAAACUUUCUGAGAAUAUGACAUUGAGAGAGAAAUGGAAAAAGAAAUCACUCUUUUCUCCCGAUGAUGAUGAUUUGCGUGCGAUUGAUUCCUCUCAACAACAACUGGUCGUGAAACAACCAACACUCAAAAGAAGACGUUUUGUUGCAGAAAGUGGUGAUGCAUCGCAUACAACUCUCGUGGAAAAAGUUGAGGACAAGUCCGAUAAUCAUUCUGCUUCUUUACAUCCAAAUUCUGCUGCAGCUUCUAAUGAUGAAGAAAUUACUGCAACAGAUCGGUUAGAAUUUGAACGAGGUCUAUCUAGAAGAAAACGAAAGACUCUUAAAAAACAAGAAAAGAGAGAUCGGAGGAUGAAGUUGGUUGAAAAAAUCAAUGAAGUCAAGUCAAAGGAUGAUAAAAAAAAGAAUAAAUCAUCCAAUAAGAAUAAGGAGUCAGUGACAUUUAAUUUUGAACCUAUCAGUAAAUUAUUAGCAGAGGAGACCACAGACAGUAAAAAGCAACCUCAACCACAACAGAAAACAACGACAAAUGUUAUCAAAAAGAAGAAUAAGAAUAUGAAAAGCGAAAUUCAACAAUUUACAAAUGUUGUCAAUCAUCCCGUGUUUCAGUCAAACCCUUUAGCAAGCAUCCAACUACAUUUGCGAAAUAAGAUGGCCACUAUUCAGCCCAACCCACCUUCUUCCCAACAACACUCAAAAACAAGUAACGUUGCAAAACAAAACUCGAAAACUAAUCCAUCAUCAUCUGCUCAGAAAAUCAGAAGAAAACUUAAACUCAAGAAACGGUCUGAUGACUCAUUCGAUCCUACACAGACAGUGGAUGAAGGUGUUGGAAAAAGAAAGAGAAAUGAUUAA